CUAAACAUGAAAAGUACUUGUUUUCCAUUGUUUCUGAAACAUUUGUUGUGUUUUCCUGCAGCUCUCCUUCCAAAUGUGGACUGGCCAAAUGCAGGAAACAUUGAAUUCAAAGAAGAAGGGUGAUGCUGCUUUCAGGCAGAAAGAUUUUAAAGAAGCUAUUGAGUGCUACACUCAGUUUAUCGAUGGUGGUGCCAUGGUUUCUCCAACUAUUUUAGCACGGCGUAGCUUGUGUUAUGUCAUUAACGACACGCCUCAAGAAGGCCUGAAUGAUGCGAUGCAAGCCCAAGUGAUUUCCCCAGUAUGGCACAUUGCUUCUUAUCUUCAGGCAACUGCACUCGCUGCUCUUGGGAUGGAGAACGAGUCUCAAAUUGCACUCAAGGAGGGUGCAACACUUGAAGCCAAGAGAAGUUCAGUGGCUGGAAAGAAGUAAACGGCUCCAUGCGGAUAGUGAGUCUCCUAAUUGCAGUGCUUUGUUUGCGGCGACAAAAACCUGGCAUUGAUCUUGGGAGUCUGCAAUGACCGCUCAACCAAGUGAUCAUUCAUUCUGUAAUUCAACCAUAUAAAAGCAACCGUUUUCCCCGGGUGAUGGCAAGGGAAAGUGUAGUAUUUGAUUUCUUUGUCUUUCUUUUAUUAUUGUGUUCUUUUCCCUUUAUGAGUGUAUGCGAGAGUUCUUUCAUUCUUUGUUGGGUUUGAUCAAUUGUGCCCGUUUAUGUAACAAAUUCUUCCCCGUCACGUUGAUUGGGAACCGAGAAACAUUUUCCUCCCCUUGUGUUUACCUUUUGUCGGGAAAGAGAAAAAAAUGUUGUUUUCCUCAGUGGACCAGCUUUGUAAUUUCUGUAUCAAAACUUAAUGAAACAGUUGGGAAUUUGAUAAAAAAAUAUGUUGUAAUUUUU